GUGGAAGUGGUGACGCCACCGAAAGGGAAAAGCCUGUCAAGGAUAAAGGCCACGCGUGAAGGACAUAGAACCACCGUUAAACGUAUCGCCUAUGCAGUUAACGAGGAAUUAAAUACUUCAAACAGCGAUUUUAACUUGAACGAGAACAAGCAAACGUUAGCACAAAACUUGUCGAAGCUCCGCCAGCAAAAGGAAACUCUGCGCGUUAAAUUAGAAGCUCUGAAAGUUCAAGACGAGGAAAUUCUGUUAAGAAGAGGACACUGAAAAUGGAAUCUGCGAAGCACAUCUUGUUUAUGAACUAGCCUGCGUAGCAUGGCGGUUUUGUAGAGCCGGGUGCACGAGCGGCGAAGCCGCAAAAUUCGCGCGCGAAGCGCACCAAAACGAGCGGCAAAGCCGCGAGAAAAGUGAAAAAGUAAAAAUCAAUCUCCUCGCGGUUUCUCUGCCCUCGCCCGCCUUUAUCACUUAGCGCGCCCAACCAAAACUGCCAUGCUACGCAGGCUAUUAAUAAACUGAUAUGCCUUGCCGUUGCAAGAAUUGAUUAUUUUCUGGAAACAUCAAGACCCCCUGCGUGCAGCGUGGACGCGCCAAAACACAAGGCGCCAGUGAGCCCUUCUGUAUCUCCUGAAGUUGUUCCUGGAAAUGUUGAACCCUCAAAUGACUCUGUUGAAUUUCUUAAUUCCCCCGCAAGUCCAACUACACAUGAAACGGUCUCUCGAGUUAAACUUUCUAAGUUUGAGUUUAAACAGUUUGAUGGGGAUGUUUGUUACAAAGUG